CAUCGUUUGUGAAUGACCAAUUCUAUUAUCAAGAGUAUUUUAAUUAUGUCACAGCAAAGAUGCCUGUUUACAUUCUUUCUUCUGUCCUCAGCCGUCUUUUGUGAGGUUAAUAGUGGUCGCGCAUCAUCGAAACAAAUUUUCGAAAAAUUGAUCGACAUGAAUGCCGAUCUAAAUGAUAAGAUCGAUGGUAUAGCGAGCAAAUUACUGGAUCUUGAAAAGAAGGAGAACCCCACAUGUCCUGUUCCUUGUCAACCUGUGUGCCAGCCAAACGAGAUGUGUUUUAACCUUGAUGCAACUGGAGCAAUCACAGGACACAUACCUGGUGUAUCUAUAGUUUCUCCAAUGACGUUGCCAAUCGACGACAAGCCUUGCAGCAGACAAAUUGUAUUAAAGUGUGAAGCAGGAGCUGCGUGCUCGGCUAUUUUUGAGAGCGGGGACGGAGCCACUCAGAGUUACGAUUCUGAAAUACAUGGACGAAACCAGAAUAUAGAAGUACAUGGUAAUGACCACUGUAUUGGCAUAUCAAGCAAUCACCCUGAUGCUUUGGAACAACCAGCAAGCUUAGUGAAUGUGUGGGUUCGAAACAGUUACGUAAAAAUAGCGAAUGACAACGGAUUAGUUUCCUCCAACUGUUCAUCUUGCUUGUUUGCUCUUGGUGGUCAACUGGAUGAUGAAGGACCCGAAAACGAGGACAUUUUUAUUGCGGCAAAUAGAGUAAUUAACACACCUCCCGGUGACAGAGUAGGCAAUGGACUCUGUUUCAUGAAGCUGCGUUGGGUAUCCGGGUCAAAUGAAUGAGUCUUUAGUUGUCCAGAAACAAUUAUAAAUGAAAGGAAU